AUGGUUAAGUCAGGAAUUGCCGCUGGUAUCAACAAAGGUUACAAAGUUACCCCAAAGGAAGUUAAACCAAAAAUUUCAUACAGAAAAGGUGCUUUAUCAAAAAGAACUGAAUUCGUCAGAUCAAUUGUUAAGGAAGUUUCCGGUUUAGCCCCAUACGAAAGAAGAUUAAUCGAAUUAAUCAGAAACGCUGGUGAAAAGAGAGCUAAGAAAUUAGCUAAAAAGAGAUUAGGAACUCACAAAAGAUCAUUAAAGAAAGUUGAAGAUAUGAAUAAAGUUAUUGCUGAAUCAAGAAGACAUUAA